CAUGCUCGUUGAUCGUUCCCGCCAAAUUCUAUUACUACAAAACAACAACAGAUGUCAUAAAGUAAUUGAUAUUAAUUCUCAUUAAAAAUUUUUCAAAAAAACACUGCCUGGCUCAACUUUUUGUAAAAAUAUAGUCUUUAUAUCAAAUGAUGGAAGAAGCCUGUGAUUCAUCUGGAAAAGUGAAAACAGACUUCAUUGUCCACCCUGAUGGCAGUAUUACUGCUGAUGAAAUCACUGUACCAGCUGCUCCUGCUCCUGCUUUGUCUGUUGAAGCCACAAAGGAAAGAUUGGUAAUUAGAGAGUUGAAUGUGAGAAAUUUCAAGUCAUAUGCUGGAAGUCGAACGAUUGGUCCAUUUGAUAAGAAUUUUUCAUGCAUUGUUGGCCCUAAUGGAAGUGGAAAAUCCAAUGUCAUUGAUGCUUUGCUCUUUGUUUUUGGAUAUAGAGCACAAAAAAUUCGCUCCAAGAAAGUGAGUGUUCUUAUUCAUAAGAGUGAAAAAUAUCCUGAUCUUGACAGUUGUUCGGUGACUGUGAAUUUUGCUACAAUAAAAGACGAGGGAGAAAAUUUUACUAUUCUGCCAGGUUCACAAUUUAAUGUGACAAGGACUGGGUAUAAAGAUAACAGCUCUACUUAUGAAAUCAAUGGUAGAAGAGCGCAGUAUAAAGAAGUAGCUAAUUUAUUAAGAAACUAUGGAGUAGAUUUAGAUUUCAACCGUUUCAUGGUUUUGCAGGGAGAAAUUGAGUUAAUUUCAAUGAUGAAACCCAAAGGUCUCACUGAUCAAGAGACAGGUAUGCUGGAAUACAUUGAAGAUAUUAUUGGUACCAGUCGCUUUAUAAAUGCUAUUCAGCAUUUCCAUACAAAAUUAGAAGAAGCAAAUGAAAAAAGAAUUGAAAAGCGAAAUCAAUUAAAAAUUGUUGAGAAAGAGAGAGCUGAUGCUGAGAAACCACGAGCCAAAGCUAUGGAAUAUUUAAGAUUAUCUAACAAAUUGGCUUUGUUAGAGAAUUCUGCUUUGCAAGCUCAGAUAGCAGUCACAAUGAGGGAUGAAAAGCAACUAAAUGAAGAUAAAGGUGUUUUAUCUGAAAAAAUAGAUUCUCUGUCAUCUUCUUUGAAUGAACUUCAGUCAAAUAAACAGAUCAAGGAAGAAGAACUGAAAACCAUUUCAAAUGAAUGUGAAGCAUGUGCAAAAUCUGUAGAAGAAUUCAAGCAUCAGUUUACUACUUUAGAAAAACAAGAUGCUGCAUGCAGAGAAAAUAUUAAAAAUAAUAAGGAAAAAUGCAAGAAACUUACAAAAACCUUAGAAACUGAAGAACUAAAAAUGACAAAUAUUCGAAAAAAGCCUGAAGUUUUACAGGGAGAAAUUUGUGAACUAGAAGGGAAAAAAAUAAAGUUGGAAACCACAAAAGCCGUAGAAGAAAAAAAAUUGAAUGAGUUAAUGGAUUCUGUUAAAGAUGAAAUCCAGGAAUUUCAAGAAGAGAAAGAUAAGUAUGAAGAAGCAUUAGUCAGUUUGAAGAAUGUUUUGAAUGAUAAAAAAUCCGAAUUAAAUUUAGCCCAAUCAGAACUGGAUCUCCUUUUGAGUAAUGAGAAGAAAGAACAGGAAAAUUUAAAAUCUCUUGAAAUGGAAUAUGAGAAAACAGUUUCCUUAAUCAAGGAAGAAGAAAUGAAACUCUGCAAGGCAAAUGAUCGUAUUCCUGAACUUAUAGCUGAAAUAUCGUCUGCAGAAAAAGAAUUAAAUGAAAAAGAGAGAAAAGAGGUUUUUCUUAUUGAAGAGCUGAAAAAUAAGCGGAUUCAACUUGAUGAAGCCAAAAGUUCUUCAAAUGCUUCUAAGACUCGUAACACUAUUGUUAAGGCAUUAAUGGAACAGAAAAAGAAGGGGAAACUUACUGGAGUUUUGGGUCGCUUGGGUGACCUUGGUGCCAUUGAUGUUAAAUAUGAUGUUGCCAUUUCUACUGCUUGUGGCCCUCUAGAUAACAUAGUUACAGAUACCAUGAAUACUGCUAGAGAAUGUGUGGAAUUAUUAAAACAAGAAAAUAUUGGUUAUGCUACAUUUAUUGCUCUUGAUCAGAUGAAGAAAUGGGAACCAUAUAUAAAAGAAAAAAUUGCAACUCCAGAAAAUGUUCCUCGUCUUUUUGAUUUGAUAUCCGUGAAAGACAAAAAUGUGUUGCCUGCUUUUUAUUAUGCAUUAAGGAAUACUUUAGUUGCAAAUGAUCUGGAUCAAGCCACUAGGGUUGGUUUAAAAGGAUCUACUAGACAUAGAGUUGUAACUCUUAAAGGAGAGCUAAUUGAUUUAUCUGGCACUAUGAGUGGUGGUGGAGGCAGAUGUUUCAAGGGACGAAUGGGACAGUCUGUGUCAGACAACAGUUUUUCCCAAGAAGAAAUAGAUAAGCUUGCAGAAGACACUGAAAAUCUUGCUAAUGAAUUAGCAGAAUUAAAACAUUCUAAAUUAAAACUAAAGGAAAUGAAUGAAGUCAACAAAAAAGAGUUAGCUUCAUUGCAACAUUCAGUAAAAAUGUAUAAACACAAUUAUGAGGAUUUUGUGGAAAGAGAAAAAAUGCUAACUGAACAGAUAACACUGCAAAAGAAGAAAGUGAAAGCAGCUGCUCCUGACCAAGAAGAAAUCUCUGAAAUACAACAAAAAAUAGAUCAACAUCAGAAAAAUUAUACUACUGCAACAAAUGAAGUAGCUGUAGUUGAAAAUAAAGCUAAAGAUUUGCAAGAAAAAAUAAUGGCUAUUACAAAAGGAAAAUAUGGUACAGCUCAGAAAAAAAUUGACAAAAUAAUCAAAGAAAUUGAUCAAGCAUCUCAAAAUAUCACUAAGAAUAAGGCAGCUCUAAAAAAUACUGAGAAAAAUCUUAAGAAAUCUGAGGAUAAAAUUGAAUCUUUAAAAGCUGAGUUGGAGAGCUGUCAGAAAGCCAUGGAAGCAUUCAAAGAAGAAUUUAAAAAUCUUGAAAGUAGAGGGUUAGAAGUUUCUAAUAAAAAGAAAGAAGCUGAGGAUGCCCUAAUGCUGUGCCAAGUUCAGAAAGCUGCUGUUUCUGGUGAAAUUAAAGGCUUGUCUUCAAAAGUGAAUGAGAUUAAAAGUGAGAUGAUCGAAUAUAAAAAUAAAUUAAAACUACUGGAUGUAGAAAUAAGAAGCAAGCAGAGUCAACUCAAAACACUGAAAAACCAGUUGUCUAAACUGGAAUUAAAUGAUGUUGAAGAAGGACCUACUGAACUCCCAGUUCUCACAGAAAAAGAAAUCAAUAAAAUAUCAAUCAAUUCUUUGCAUUAUGAAAUUGGUGAAAUUCAAAACCAAAUAAAAGGCAUGAAUCCUGAUCUUGGUGCCAUUGCUGAAUUUAAACGUAAGGAAGAAAUAUAUAAAAUGAAACUUCAAGAUUUGGAAGAAACAGUAUUAGAGCGAGAUCACUAUCGUAACCACUAUGAAAAUUUUCGUAAACACAGAUUGGAAGAAUUCAUGAGAGGAUUCAACAUCAUAACUCUUAAAGUCAAAGAACUGUAUCAGAUGUUGACCUUGGGAGGUGAUGCUGAACUGGAACUUGUAGAUUCGAUUGAUCCAUUUUCUGAAGGCAUUGAAUUCAGUGUGAGACCUUUGAGAAAGUCAUGGAAGAGCAUUCGCAAUCUUUCUGGAGGUGAAAAAACAUUGAGCUCCUUGUCUCUGGUGUUUGCUUUACAUUAUUAUAGAAGUACACCUUUUUUUGUGAUGGAUGAAAUAGAUGCUGCUCUUGAUUUUAGAAAUGUCUCCAUCAUUGGUUCUUAUAUAAAGGACUGCACCAAAAAUGCUCAAUUCAUUGUUAUUUCUCUUCGUGAGAACAUGUUCAUGCUUGCUGAUCAUCUUAUUGGUAUUUAUAAAACAAACAACUGUACCAAAGAUGUUCAUUUUCACCCACCACCUGAAGAAACUAUUGCAAAUAGGGAAAGGGCUGAGAAUGCAGAUUUUGAUAAACUGAGAACUAUUAAGCCUAUUCCUUAUCACUAUGAGAGUAGUAAGGAAUUUUCAGAAACAUCACUCAAGAAAACUGAUGACAGUCACAGGCAAAAUGAGCUAGUUGAUUAUUCUUCCAAGGAAACCUUGGUUGAACAAGGAAAUGUGAUUACCAAGAAGAUUUCUAUUCCAAGUGAUGAUACAAAAGAUAAAGAAAUUAAUAGAAGUAAAACUGAAACUUCUCUUAUUGAAAAUGUGAGUAAAGAUAAAGAGAAUCUCAGCAGAUCCACUAGGUCCAACCUCUCUAAGUUACAAACACCAAAACGGAAAAUUGUCGAAGUGGAAAAUGACAGUGUGUGGUCUGAUGACGAUGAUUUUGUCAUUAAUAUUCCAAGACAAAAAAAUUGCAAAGAAUAACUAUUGAACAGGUGUACUGUAUCUUAUUAUGAUCAUUUGCAGCAUUUUUACAAAGCUAUUUUAUAUGCUUUUUCUCAUUUAAAAGUAUUAAUUAUUGUUCAAAAAUAUUGCUACCUAUUAUUUAAGUUAUAUUAAAUACCCAUAAAACUUUGAAAGUUAGUUUAAGGAAAUAACCUGAAAUUCAUUGGUAUUUGGUCAUAUUUCAUAUAUAAACACUAUGGUAAAAGUAUAAAAUUAUAAUAUUUCUAUCAGUCACCACCCAAUUUAAAAGUAUUUCAGUGAUUAUUUUCAUUUAUUGUUAUAUAGCGCUACAUAUACUACUAUUCUAGAAUUUGGUUUAAUUAAUAAUUUAUUGAAGUAAACUAAUCAAUUAUGUUAGAGGAAAUAAAUAUAUUAGAUCUAAAUGUACAGCAAAAAUUUCUAUAAAUUAAUUGUGGUGCCAAUUUUUAUGAUUUUUCUACCAUUUUUUAAACAAAAUUCUUUUAAAAUUAAAAAAAAAAAAUCAUGACAAUGAAAAAUUUCAUUUCUUAACAAUAAUAGUAAAUUUACUGUGGUUUAUAAAAAAAUGAAAAAGAAUACAGUUUACCUGAUAUGAACACAUUUCUGCUGAGUUCAGUAUUUUUGGAAUCAAAUUUUAUAAUUCUUGAAAUUGAUUUUUUUCUAUAAUAAUUCUAUAGUAUUUUUAACAUCUUAAAUACUAAUAUAUAAAUAUAAAGUUAUUCAUUUUAUUAGUCAAUAAAUCAUACUUGUACCUCACAGUGCUUAUGUUUGGCAUAAUUAAUUACAUUAUAUAAAUUUCAUGAUGUUUUUGUUUUUCCUUCCUUCAAGCAUGUGUCAAAUCUGAGUUUACUGAAAAUUUAUACACUAUAAAAGAAACGAGCACUUUUUAAAUUUAAGAUAGAUAUUUUUUUCUCUCCAUUUUUCUCGAGAAAACAAAUAUAUGAACUUUCCAAUAAUAUUAUACAUCAUUUCAUUUUGCAAAAUUGCAGCUUAUUGUAGAACAUUCUAUGUAUAUUUUUAUUAAUAUUGUUUGAAAAUUUGGGAUGUUUAGGAGUUAAUGGGUAUUAUGAUAACUACCAUUACUUUGUAGAAAAGAAAUAUCUUCAUUUCAAAUUUAUUCAAUUAAAUUCUUUAAAAAUUUUCAUUUUUUUAGGGAAGAGGAAGGUGAUAAAUGCUUCAUAUCUUAUAGAAAUAUGAUACCCAUAAAACUGAAUUAGAAAUUUACCCAAUAUUCAAUUUUUCACCUCAUUACUCAUAUUAUUGUCUUGCAUUUUAAUUUAUUGAAAAUAAAUUAGGUGAAUUUAACUUAUAAAUAAUGCAAAUUUCAAUAAGGGAGAAUGCUUAAUUAUUUAGUCUCAACUAUUAGCAAAAGAGAAUGUAUAUAUACAAUAUAUUAGGUAGAUCAUUGAACCAAGAAUUACUAAAUUUCACCGAAAUAUGUUUUGGAUUGUGAGAAUGUACAUCUUGGAGCUAUUUUUUUUUAAAAAUGUAGUUAAUAAUAAAAAAGAAACACCUGGGCUUUUCUAUAAUAGCCUCAUUAAAGAUUUUUAUACCAUAUGAAAAUUAGAAAAAUUAUCUUUUCUACCAUAUCAAUUUCUAUGCCAAACAAUUUUGCAACAAAAAUCUUCAUUGCUGUAAUGAAAUUCUGAUCAUUCCCAUUGUUAUUACAUGUAUAGUAUUAUAUAUUACAUUACAUAUGCUGUAUGUAUUAAUAAUAUAAUGUAUGAGACAAUGAUAAAUUUA